AAUCCUCCACGGUCCAGUCCCAAUUGAAGCUGAGAACUAACUUUUCCUGGCAUCUCGAGAAGAGAGAGAGAACGAGCGAGCGAGCGAGGGAGAGAGAGAGAGAAAGAGGGGGCUUGUUGUUUCAAUGGAAGAUUUCAGAUCCAGAUCAUACAGUGAUGGAAGAAUGGGAAUGGAGAGGUACAGCUAUGAUGGGCAGAGAGCUGGGCCACCUGCUCCCCAAGAUUUCAGAUGUUACAGUGCUUCAUAUGCAUCAUCUUCGGAUCAUUAUUCACAGCCAUCCCAGACUCAGAUGGAGAUGCCCAAAGAUGCCAAAUUUAAGAAAGGCAAGUCUGAAAAUGGUUCAACUUCCAAGAGCUGGAGUUUCAAUGACCCAGAGUUGCAGAGGAAGAAGAGGGUUGCAAGCUACAAAGCCUACAGCGUUGAGGGCAAGGUCAAAGGGUCUUUCAGGAAGAGCUUUAGGUGGCUCAAGGACAGGUGCAAUCUCAUGAUCCAUGGUUGGAGGUGAUCGAAGCUCAGACCCUAAUUAGGUCUCAUCAUCAUAUAUCCAUCUUGUUCUUAUGAUCAAUCUUAUAAACCCCUUUUCUUUUGUAUUGGUUCUACUUGUUGUCUUAGUACUGCAUAAAUAUCUUAAAUUCACCACCAUCAAUAAAUUAUCCAUGUAGAUUGUUGUGAACAUUUUCUUUGUUUGGCUUUCUAAUUUGCAAGAAGCAGCUUAUUGUUGAUUCCCGGUA